CUGGAACAGUGACAGCCAUACGUUUGUCUUUGCCUGCCUGAGACCAGAGCAGACACAAUGGAUGUUCCUAAAGAUAGCAGCUACAUCCCAUACCGGACACUGGAGACAGAAUUCCCUGCUACCAACAACAGUAUGGAGCCUUUGUCUCUCCAUGGAUAUUCCUCAUACCCCAUUUUGCAGCAAGCAAUCCGCUGCAGGUCAGGACCGAUAGGGGUCGAUGUUAAAGCACAAACGCUCAAUACAGAAAAGAAUCGAGAGACCUACCAAAAGUGGAAGCAACAACACAGCCAGAGAGUGCAAGAGACUCUACCACACGCUGAUUCUCAUCACCUGCGAGAGACCGCCUGGUAUGAUCCCUCCAUGCCAGCUCAGUAUCUACAAAGUGCUGCACGCUGGGGCACCUUCAGUUGGAGAGACAGUCCUAUUCUUGGCAAAGAAUUUGUUGUGAACAGACACAAGUGUGAAACCAGAAAUUACUUGUCAAAGUAAAUGGCAUGAUGUGUCAGCAUACAAGGUCUGCAUCUGUCUCACAACUAUUUCAUCUUGCAUAGCAGAGAACAACAUGAUCAUCAAUGUGAUAAAAGCAUAACAAGUGAAACAAAUCUACAGCAAACACCAAGACAUUUUGGAAAGUACUGGCUUCCAACAGAGGAUUCAAAUAGGAAAUGUACUACACAAAACCAGUGUAAGGGCAAUUAUCAUCUCCACAGCUUUUGCAUCAACUAAAUAUAUCUAUGAAAAACAACAUUAACUUAAAAGUCAUUUUGAAAUUUA